AUGGCUCUCUACUCUCGGUUUGUGGUCGUGCUGCUUUACGGAUGGAGUUAUCUGUGCGUUGGAUACUGCGCGAUGCUGAAGACAGACAAUAUCCCCGAGAGACGAAAGGUGGAUUUUACGCAUUCGGUGGAUAAAAAACACCCGGCGAAGGAAGACCAGGAUCUGCUUUUACAGGAUACAAUGACGGAACACAUGCAGAUGCUUUACGCGAAGUACAACCGGGCUGGAUUUCCCUUCAAGGACGGAAACACUGUCCGCAGUUUCAAAGCGCACUGGGGUACUAUCAACAAGAAGCAGCUGCAGAUUUUCAACCUCACCUCCCUCACCAAGUCAGAAGACGUUCUGUCGGCCACUCUUCAUUAUUACAUCGGAGACCUUCAAAACAGCACCCAGGGCUGCUCCAGGUCCAAAAGCUGCAGCCGCCACGGGCCCCGGAGGCACAGCCACAUCCACAUGGUCAUCUGGAGUUUUGCCUCAGUGGAUAACAAGAUGAGGACUCUCGGACAUGUUCGGAUCAACGUGUCCACCCUCUACAGGGACUUCAUAUCUUGGCAGUGGAAGGACGUGACUCGCGUGGUCAACCAGGCCAAGCACCACGACGAGCUGCUCAUUGGUAUCGAUGUGGCUUCGCAAGGGCCCCAGCCCUGGAAGAAGCUCCUGUCGGACCGCUCACCCUACAUCCUGGUCUACGCCAAUGACUCUGCCAUUUCAGAACCAGAGAGCGUGGUAGCCACCCUCCAGAGACACCAUUCAGUGGGAGGGGAGGGCUCCGUUUCUCACCCCUUCCAUAAACUGGGACUGCGUGAGCGAAACAACACUGAACAAGAACAGCCACAUCCCAGACACAAGCGCUCGGUGAACGUUCUGCUCCCGUUGCAGAACAAUGAACUUCCCGGGCCCGAGUAUCCUUACGAGACGACCGGGUGGGACGAGACGAGUCCAUAUGAACCUUUUGAAAACAAGCAGGCCCGCCGGCCGAGGAAAAAGUCUCGCAAAAACCAGCGGCACAAGAUGCCCCUGCUGCAGUUCGACGAGCAGACGAUUAAAAAGGCGCGAAAGAAGCAGUGGAACGAGCCCAGGAACUGCGCGCGGAGGUACCUGAAAGUGGACUUUGCUGACAUCGGAUGGAGCGAAUGGAUUAUAUCGCCUAAGUCGUUUGACGCCUACUACUGCUCAGGGUCCUGCCAGUUCCCCAUGCCAAAGGCUCUGAAGCCGUCGAACCACGCCACCAUCCAGAGCAUAGUACGGGCAGUGGGUGUCGUCCCGGGCAUCCCCGAGCCGUGCUGCGUCCCAGAGAAGAUGUCUUCCCUCAGCAUCCUCUUCUUCGACGAGGACAAGAACGUGGUGCUCAAAGUCUACCCCAACAUGACUGUAGAUUCCUGCGCCUGUAGAUAGUUUUUUUGUUGUUGUUGUUGUUGUUGUUUUUGUUGUUUUUGUUGUUGUUGUUGUUGUUGUUCCUUCAAAGCCUUUUCACAUAAAACUAAA